GGGGAAAACGGAACAACUUGACUAAAAUUUGCAGGUUAUAACAAGAACCAGGAAACUUGGACUGACUGCUCCUACUGGUUCCUGACUGGUUUCUAACUGGUUAACUGGCUCCAACUGGACCUGAAAUUGGAGCAACAGAAGUAAAAAUCCAGAGAAGAGACUGAAAGUUGUAAUUCUUCCUGACUGGUUCCUGUACUGGGAGUGAUGGAGAAGCAGGCUCUACCCGCCUCCUCCUGCUCUCUGGUUCUCCUGGAGGAGACCAGGAAGAACCCCCUCCUCCUGUCUAAAGGAGGCGGCCCUUUCCCGCCAGCAGCCGCCAACGGCGGCCUCGUCCCACUGACGUCCGUGUCCGGUGGCGGCGUGGCAGGCGGUGGCGGUGCUGGACAGGACAAGAUGGUGGGCGUGAUCAACGGAGCGGGGCCAGGAUACCAGGAGCGUGAGACGUGGACCCGGCAGAUGGACUUCAUCAUGUCCUGCGUGGGCUUCGCCGUCGGGCUUGGGAACGUCUGGAGGUUUCCUUACCUGUGCUACAAGAACGGUGGAGGUGUCUUCCUGAUCCCGUACCUGCUGAUUGUGUUUGUCGGAGGAAUUCCCAUCUUCUUCCUGGAGAUCGCGCUGGGCCAGUUCAUGAAGGCCGGCAGCAUCAAUGUGUGGAACAUCGCGCCGCUCUUUAAAGGUCUGGGUUACGCCUCCAUGGUCAUUGUCUUCUUCUGCAACACCUACUACAUCAUGGUCCUGGCCUGGGGGUUCUACUACCUGAUCAAGUCCUUCAGCUCCACGCUGCCGUGGUCCUCCUGCGACAACGAGUGGAACACGGUCAGCUGCAUCGAGAUCUUCCACCACCAGGACUGCAAGAACGCCAGCUUCGCCAACGCCACCGUAGGCAGCGGCAACAUGACCUGCGCCGAUCUGGCCGACGCCCGCUCGCCCAUCAUCGAGUUCUGGGAAAACAAAGUGCUGAACAUCUCAUCUGGUCUGGAUGAAGCCGGACGCAUAAACUGGGAACUGAUGUUGUGUCUGAUGGCGGUCUGGGUUCUGGUUUACUUCUGCGUCUGGAAGGGAGUCAAAUCCACCGGGAAGAUCGUCUACUUCACGGCCACAUUCCCGUACGUGGUCCUCAUCAUCCUGCUGGUCCGAGGAGUCACUCUGCCUGGCGCGUAUGAUGGCAUCAUGUACUACAUCAAACCAGACUGGUCCAAACUGGAGGAGGCUCAGGUGUGGAUAGAUGCUGGCACACAGAUCUUCUUCUCCUACGCCAUUGGCCUCGGAGCACUGACCGCUUUGGGGAGCUACAACCGCUUCAACAACGACUGCUACAAGGACGCCUUCGUCUUGGCUCUCAUCAACAGUGGGACCAGUUUCUUUGCGGGUUUUGUGGUCUUUUCCAUUCUGGGCUUCAUGGCGGCUGAGCAGGGAGUCGACAUUUCGCAGGUCGCCGAGUCAGGUCCGGGUCUGGCCUUCAUCGCGUACCCGAAGGCCGUCAGUCUGAUGCCCGUGGCCCCGCUGUGGGCGGCGCUGUUCUUCUUCAUGCUGCUGCUGCUUGGACUCGACAGUCAGUUCGUCGGGGUGGAGGGCUUCGUUACCGGGAUCCUGGAUCUCUUUCCUGGAAAGUAUUACCAUCGCUACAAGCGUGAGAUUGCCGUGGCGAUAUGCUGCUCGCUGUGCUUCAUCAUUGACCUCUCCAUGGUGACGCAGGGAGGGAUGUACGUCUUCCAGCUCUUCGACUACUACUCGGCCAGUGGGAUGACGCUGCUGUGGCAGGCGUUCUGGGAGUGCAUCGUGGUUGCCUGGGUCUACGGUGCCGACCGCUUCAUGGACGAUGUGGCCCGGAUGAUUGGGUACCGGCCGUUCCCGUGGAUGAAGUGGUGCUGGUCAUUCAUAACGCCGUGUGUCUGCAUGGGCAUCUUCCUGUUCCACCUGAUCAACUACAAGCCGCUGACCUACAACAACGUGUACGUGUAUCCGUGGUGGGGCGAGGUGAUUGGCUGGUGUCUGGCUCUGUCCUCUAUGCUCUGCAUCCCCGUCAGCCUCCUCUACAAGCUCUUCCGAGCUAAGGGAAGCUUCCGAGAGCGCUGGGCCCACCUGACCACUCCGGUGUGGGGGGCCCAUCAUCUGGAGUACAUGGCCCCCGACAUCAAGUCGCUGACCUCUCUGUCACCCAGCACUGACGACAACAAGGUCAUCAUCUUCGAGAGCGUCAUGUAGGCAGGACUCUGUGUGUCCCACCUGCAACAAGAUGGCCGACACCCCCCUCCCUCCCCCACACUCACACAUGCUCCGCCUCCAAACGGGCCGCACAGAGACUCUCUAACCGAGCCGAGCCUCCCUGGACUGACUGGAAUUCUCCUGAGAUCCCCCGUUGUGUCUCUGCAAAUCCAUCCAUUGAUUGGUGGCUUGAUAUCACCAUGGCAACCAGAUCUAUACGUGACAAAACUACAGGAUGUUUUCAGAUUUGUGGUAAAUCCAAUGGAUCUCUGCUGCUUCUCCUGUUUAAAGGAUGGAAAAUCCCAGAUUUCUGGGUCUAGUUUCCCGUUUGGGACGAAGGGGAUCGGUUCAUUCUUGUGUUGGGUGGGUGAGGUGGACACACACACACGUACACACACACACACACACACGCCAGCGAUGAUGCAUGCUCUGAGGUUGCGUGUGCAUCAUUGCUGUUUAUGGAGACAGAGUUUUAGACCGACCGGCCCACAAAAGAUCCAAGAUCUGAACAGUACUCCAGUUCCGCCGGCAGGACCAGUGAUUUAAAGAAAUGGCAGCAGUCCCUGAAAGCACCACCAGACCUGAUAUCUGAUCCACAUCCUGGUUCUCUGACCACUGACAUCAGAUCUGGUUUCAACAGUCACGCCAAGGUCCGGCUCACACAGGAACCAGCAGGGAAGGGUGUAAGCAAGUUCCAACUAGUUCUGGUCCAGAUUUCUGGAUCUUUGUUGUAACAUGUAAGUUUAGUUCUUCCAGAAACCGAGUCUCUGAGGGGUCAGUAGUUACCCAUCCUCCCGUUUCUGUCAUCAUCUGGUUCUGUUGGGUUGUGUUGGGGGUAAUUUGAAACCUUGCGAGAACAGAAACAGGUCAGGUCAGUGCCCCCCCCCAUGCUGGGAGGAGGUCCAGGCCUGUGUGGGAAUCAGGUCAGAGGCUAGGUCGCCUUCUCAUGUUUCUUAUCUUAUAAAAGUAACAGGAUAACAUUUAUCAGGCCUGGGCAGAUCUCUCCAAAUGUCGAUAUUAAUUUAGGAUUAAUUAAUCGUGGAGUUUAAUUCUGAAAUCUCUGGUCAGGUACCAAACGUUGCCUUACGUGUUGUUGUCUUAACUUCAGAGCCCGUGUGGCUGACCAGCCGAACCCGAAGCCUGCAGGACGUCCUGCACGGCUCUGGUUAAGAAUCGGUCACAACUCUGUCUCCUACCACCCACGAUCCACCAUCACGAGACACAUGCUGAUUAGAAUGUAAAAUAAAAUCUAGUAAAGCGACGUCCAUUUGACAUCGUUGUGAAAUAAUGUUGCAGCACUUUUUCAGAGAAUCCUAGAAAUCGUGUUUUGUUGUAAAAUGAUUCAGAAAUUUAUUUUGCUGAAAAAUAUGAUAUAACAAACACAUACAUGUAUAUAUAUAUAUGUAUAUACAUGUAUGUGUAUAUAUGUAUAUACACAUGUAUGUGUAUAUACAUAUAUGUAUGUAUAUGUAUAUAUGUGUGUGUAUGACCUGAAUUUGAUGCACAUGUAAAUGAAAUGAUGACUUUUGGCCGACUUCAGCAGAGCUUCCAGCUUCAGGCUACCUCACACUCAGAUCUGCAGAACAAACACAUUCAUAUGCAAACAGCGGCUCUGAGGAGGAGAGGAUCAUGGGAAAUGAGAACAUUUCUGUCUCAACCUGCUUCCUGUUGCAGCUUUGAAGGAUUUCAGACACCUGUGAACUUUUUAAAUCUGAGUUUUAUAGAGAAUUAAGGGAAGCUUGUCUGGCGCCGUGAGGCCUUCAGGUGUCGGAAGGACUGAUAUGAACCAGCAGCAACGGGCGGCGUUCGUUAGCUGCAGUGAUGUUCAUGCUGCUGAAGCUACAUGUGGCUUGAAACGCACCAUGAAAGGGAAUUUUCUUCCUCUACUUUUCUGACUUCUGAUGUUCAAAGUGCUCAGAGUUUUCAGAGUUUUAGCUUCUGAUCAUUUCAGCUUUUUACUCUCUGAUUAAUCAGUGUUUGCCUCGGACCUCCCAUGGCUCACAUCUUCACAUGCUUUUCAUUCAUCUGUUUUAUUUCUGGCUGAAAUAUGCUUCCGUCAUUUUAGCUGCAUAAUUGCCAACAGCAACUCUUACAUGUAAAAUAAGCAGAAUGUUCCCGACCGACGUGCCGCGGGAGGAAAGCUACUGAAGUUAAUCCAGAUUUAAUUACAUAACUAAUUAAAUAAUAAGUUAAGUCAGAAUUUACCUGAGAAUCAGCUUGAUCUCUCUGGCGUCAGUUAUCGGAUCGUCUAAGAGGAAACAGCUGCUUUAACCAGAUAAAUCCAGACUAAACCGGACUCGUUCCAUCUUCCAACACUUACUACAACAGAAAAACAGAAGUUUGUCAAAUUCUACUAAAGAAAAGAAAAAAAUUAGAGAAACGCUUCAAAAAAUUUUAACUGGCCUAAAAAUAAUCAGUUUUUAAUCAGUUUUCAGAGUUUGUUGUUUUUACAUUUGCACAGAGAAAUGAGUUCAUUUGAAACAGGAAGUUUUUCUAGAGACGAAACGAAAACAAGUUCGUUUAUUUCUAGAGUUUAAAAUCAGUUUAUCUGUAUUUUCUUUGUACUAAAACAAAUUUUAACUAGCUAAUGAAAAUUAAAACCGUUAUUAAGAUAAUGUUGAAUUUUGAGUAUUUUUAACCUGCUGAUGCUGAUCAGAAGGAUCAAUGUGUGAUCAAUAAUGAGCCAAUCAACACUGACACGUACAGAGAUUUUAGUUAUUAUCACAGUUAGUGCCACAAAUUUCAGUAAAGAAACUUACACAGUGUUUUAUAGAAAGUAAGACAAAUUUUAAACGUGGAAUAUUUUUUAAUCUCGUGUUUUGUCUCCGGAGUGGAGCCCGGGAGGGUCACAGGCCGGAAAAGAUUCAGUAUUGACAUUUUAGACAAGAAAAGAAUCUGUAUUACCAAAAAGCAGAUUUCUUUUCUCCAUGUUUUUCUGUCUGUGCUCUUCUGCCAAAAAUCAUGUGUUGACAGUAUUUUUUGUUUCUUAUCCAGAAAUGUGUGUAAAAGUGGGCGAGACAGAAAACCCACAUUUAACGAACCGAAACGUGUCAGCCGGUGUUUAUGGAGACAAACUGGUGGUUUUUCCACAAAUUUAUUCUGAAUUUUAUUUUCCUUCCAAUAAAGUCUGCGUACUGAGACAAUAAAUGAUGUAGUUAAAAGUCAUUUGUAAUUUCAAGUUCAGUACUGUGAGAAAACAUUCUCUAAAUAUUUCUGCCCGAUGCCCGUCACAAAACUGAUCUCCAGAUGUUUUCAGCUGAUGUUCUUUGCUGGCUGUUAAAAGUCAGUAAAUGUAUCACCAGUUUGUCUCCAACACUGACCAACAUUUCACACCGUGAUGUCAGAGUGAUGUCAGAGUGAUGUCACUGUACUGGAUGAGCUAUGCAAAGAGUUCUGUUAGCGUUCUACAGGUGAACAAUCAGAUCUGAUGGACCAGUCUAACUUCCACCACAAGGAAUCUGAUCCAGUCCGAGCCAAACCCCUGAUCCAGAUGUGUACAUGGAAACCAAAGUUUUAACCGUCUCAGGAGAAGAUCUGCGUAGAUUCAGCUUCUCCUCACAAAGGAUGUUCAGAGUUCCUGAAAGACCAAAUUUAUUCAUGCUUUUUACAGAGUGAUGCAAAAUUUAACAAAUAAACAGCAAAAUCAUAAAAAAUUGUUAAAAGUACAAACUAAGUCUUAGUGAUACAAAUUAUUUUGUUUUAGCAAACAACUUCAACUUUGUUUUUUAAACUUUUGCACAAAAUCUGAGAAAUAAGGUUUGAAAAUGUGAUUAAAUGAUAAAUGAAAUGGUUAAAAAUCUUUCUUGAGAUCGAUGCAGAAUGAUUCAGCAACGGACUGACUGGUACAUCUGGCUGAUUGUCCUCCAACAGGUUCUGGGACCUAGCUCUGAGACCUGGUUCUGGGAACUGGCUCUGAGACCUGCUUCUGGGACCUAGCUCUGAGACCUGGCUCUGAGACCUGGUUCUGGGACCUAGCUCUGAGACCUGGUUCUGGGAACUGGCUCUGAGACCUGGUUCUGGGAACUGGGUCUGUGUUGAUUCCUUCGUUGGAGAGCGUCUGUCUCUCAGAAACCUCCAGCUGAUCUCAGACCAGUUUCUACACAGCUCGAUGUUUUUAUUUCAGCUUCCAGCCAAAAACAUUGCCAAAAUGUUUUUUUUUUUUAAACCUCCAAAUAAAACGAAACUAGAAAAGCUUAAAAGGGAACAUUGAACAAAAUCAUGUUUUCUCUCGUCUGUCUUGGUUUUUUCUCUUUUUGUAAUAAGUUUUCUUUUAUCUUUACAACAGGCAGGACUUCAGGGUGCUACAGAAAACUACGGUUAAAAAAAGACAUUUUAAAGUUGUGUAACCUGCAGGGGGCGGUUUAACCUGCAGGGGGCGGUGUAACCUGCAGGGGGCGGUGUAACCUGCAGGGGGCGGUUUAACCUGCAGGUGGCGGUUUAACCUGCAGGGGGCGGUGUAACCUGCAGGGGGCGGUGUAACCUGCAGGGAGCGGUGUAACCUGCAGGGGGCGGUUUAACCUGCAGGGGGCGGUUUAACCUGCAGGUGGCGGUUUAACCUGCAGGGAGCGGUGUAACCUGCAGGGGGCGGUUUAACCUGCAGGGGGCGGUGUAACCUGCAGGGGGCGGUGUAACCUGCAGGGGGCGGUUUAACCUGCAGGGGGCGGUUUAACCUGCAGGUGGCGGUUUACCCUGCAGGGGGCGGUGUAACCUGCAGGGAGCGGUGUAACCUGCAGGGGGCGGUUUAACCUGCAGGGGGCGGUUUAACCUGCAGGUGGCGGUUUAACCUGCAGGGAGCGGUGUAACCUGCAGGGGGCGGUUUAACCUGCAGGGGGCGGUUUAACCUGCAGGGGGCGGUGUAACCUGCAGGGGGCGGUUUAACCUGCAGGGGGCGGUUUAACCUGCAGGGGGCGGUGUAACCUGCAGGGGGCGGUUUAACCUGCAGGGGGCGGUGUAACCUGCAGGGGGCGGUGUAACCUGCAGGGGGCGGUUUAACCUGCAGGGGGCGGUGUAACCUGCAGGGGGCGGUUUAACCUGCAGGGGGCGGUGUAACCUGCAGGGGGCGGUUUAACCUGCAGGGGGCGGUGUAACCUGCAGGGGGCGGUGUAACCUGCAGGGGGCGGUUUAACCUGCAGGGGGCGGUGUAACCUGCAGGGGGCGGUUUAACCUGCAGGGGGCGGUGUAACCUGCAGGGGGCGGUGUAACCUGCAGGGGGCGGUGUAACCUGCAGGGGGCGGUGUAACCUGCAGGUGGCGCUCUCCUCUUGGAGGAAAAGGCAUCAUGUUUGGGUUGGAAACUCGUACAGAUCAAAUCAUAAAAAACAGCGUUGUUAAUCAAAACUAGGCAGAAAAAGAAAAUCCUGCAGAGUUUAAAUGAGCAGACUGAUCUAGUCCCGCCUGGGCCGUGGCUGUGCAGCCUGGCUUCUAGCCGUACGCUGGAUCUUGUCACUGUUUUCUCACAGCUAGCAAUGGCUGCUAAGACAGACAGCUAGCUGAUUUUCUGUUGUUUUGUUUUGGUCAAAUAAAAAAAUCUAUGCACACCAUGUCAGCGAGCGUUCGAUGCUAAACGCCUGUAGUUCCGACUGUGACCCGUCAAGUCCGAUCAGAACUGAAGCAGAACUGAAUCUGAAUUUAUGUCUGCUGAUAAAAAAAACGUCUGCUGUUUGUUCCAGCCCAAACGUGGCCACAUGGCGUCCUCUUUCAUCCCAGCAUCUGCCAUUUUGUUGUUACUGUGUUUGUGACUUCCUGUAAACUGCAGUCUUCCAUCCAUAACUUUAGAAGAGCAGAAGUAGUUUAACAAAUGACUGUGUAGCUGUGGUCGUGAUCAAACUUGGGGCUCGAUGUUAACGAGUCACCAGCCAAAACCUUCAGAGUUAAUGAUGAAACUCUGAGCCAUGAUGCUGCCAUGUGUUUCAUUAACGUGUGGUCUCCAUGCUUUACGUCUCUGUGAUCACUGUGCUCACCAGCAACUAAACCAAUGGCAAUAAAACUAAUGUCAAGACAAACA